UGGUUGAAGAACUCUUCAAGUCCCUUUGAUUUUUCAGGUCAUUCAAGCACCAAUUCCGGUCGGCCCAUUGGACGGAUUCUGGCGACUGUUGACGAUGCUUUUACGCUUCCUACCAGAAGAGCUUGGGUGGGACUUGAACACAGGUUUCGAGCGCUACCUAACAUCGUGGAAAAGCACAGAUGAUCCAUCAACUGGAGAUGUUACUUACAGGAUUAGCAUAGUCAGUGGGCUACCUCAAUGUGUACUAGCCGUGGGAUCGACCAGAAAAUUUCGCACUGGAAUAUGGAAUGGAGUUCGACUCAGUGGCAUGAAGGGCAAUUUUAUUUACUUUUUUUUAAAGAUAACAUCUGUGUUCACUAAGGACGAGGCAUACCAAACGUCCGAGACUACUACUGACUCUGUCAUUUCAAUAUUUAAGCUGAAUCAUUGGGGUUCCCUGCAGCAUCUUGUUUUGCAGAAUGGAAGUUCUGAAUGGGCUACUAUGUACACGUUACCAACUGGUCAACUAUGCGAUAAUUAUGGUUAUUGUGGCAUUAAUGCAGUUUGUAUAAUUAGAGGAUCAUAUAAGGUAUGCAAAUGUUUUGAGGGCUUCACAUCAAGGUCUCAAGAAGAAUGGAUCGCACUGACGUGGUCCAAGGGAUGCGCGAGGAAGACGCCAUUGGAUUGCAGAAAGGAAGAAGGGUUUGUGGAGGUCGCGGGGGUAAAAUUGCCAGAUUUGUUGGAGUUUUGGUUUAACAAAAAUAUGGGCCCUAAGGAAUGCAAGGAGGCUUGUUUGAAGAACUGUUCUUGCAAAGCUUAUGCUAAUUCCGACGUCAGGAAUGCAGGCAGUGGUUGUUUGAUGUGGUUUGGUGACUUGGUUGAUAUCCGAGAAAAGCAUGUGAAAGGCAGUGAUCAGGAUCUCUAUAUCCGACUAUCUGCUUCAGAAAUAAAAUCAAUUAAUGAGGCAGAUGAGAAAAAAAAACUUCACAUCGUGUUAUGGGCUUCGUUGACCAGUGGAACAUGUAUCUUUGGUGUUGCAGUGUGGUGCAUAACUUGGAAACUAAGGAAAAGGCUAAAAGGCAAGAGAAUUGAAGAAGAUGUAGAACGUUUGCUGCAAAAAGAAGAUGUAGACUUGCCUACAAUUGAUUUGGCUACAAUUGCAGCUGCUACAAACAACUUCUCCAAUAGCAAGAGAAUUGAAGAAGAUGUAGAACGUUUGCUGCAAAAAGAAGAUGUAGACUUGCCUACAAUUGAUUUGGCUACAAUUGCAGCUGCUACAAACAACUUCUCCAAUACAAAUAUGAUAGGAGCUGGUGGAUAUGGUCCUGUUUACAAGGGGCAACUUUCUAAUGGACAAGAAAUCGCAGUGAAGAGACUGUCAAAGAAUUCCGGACAGGGUCCUAAAGAAUUUACGAAUGAAGUUAAAUUAAUCGUAAAGCUUCAACAUAGGAAUCUCGUUGCUCUACUGGGCUGUUGUAUUCAAAAAGAAGAAAGGAUAUUAAUCUAUGAGUUUAUGCCUAAUAAGAGCUUGGACCAUUACAUCUUCGAUGGAAAACGAUGCACAAAACUUCCUUGGAACAAGCAGUUUGACAUUAUCAGAGGCAUUGCAAGAGGUCUUCUUUACCUCCACCAAGAUUCUAAACUUCAGAUUGUUCAUCGAGAUCUUAAAGCAAGCAAUAUUUUAUUAGGCAAUGAUCUAAACCCUAAGAUAUCGGAUUUUGGUUUGGCAAGGAUUUUCAGAGACGAUGAGAAAGAAGCGAGGACAAGAACAAUUGUUGGAACAUAUGGUUACAUGUCACCAGAGUACGCAAUUGAUGGUAAGUUCUCUGUCAAAUCAGAUGUUUUUAGCUUUGGUGUGUUGUUGCUAGAGACCGUGAGCGGUAAAAGGAAUAGAAGAUUCAAUCACCCAGAUCAUCACCAUAACCUUUUGGGACAUGCAGGGUUGAUGUGGAAUGAAGGGAAAGCCUUGGAUCUAAUGAACUUGUGUUUCAAGGACUCAUAUGUUGAAUUUCAAGUGUUGAGAUGCAUUCAAGUGGGUCUGUUAUGUGUCCAGAAGUUCCCGUAUGACAGACCAACAAUGUCGUCCGUAGUUUUCAUGUUGGAGAAUGAGGAAGCAAUCUUGCCUCAACCUAACGAGCCUGGAUACUUUGUAGAAAGGAGUUUGAGUGAAAAGUGCUCGACAUCAAGUGAGUAUUCACAUUCUGAAAACGUAGUGACUGUAACGCUUCCGACUGGUAGAUAGAUUCGUCAUGAUCAUAUUAUGCUUUUAAAAAUUUUUUGAUGAUUCUUUUUUUUUGUUUUUUUGUUUUUCCUGAAAGCAUGGGUCAUAGCAAGAAAGGAUAUUACUGUUUGAGAAUCAGAAAAUAGUGGGAAAAAAAAGGC